AUGGACGAAAAAUCUAACAAUAAUACUUGGUUUCGACCUUCAAUCUCCGAUCUAUUAAAAUUAUUCGAAAUGAAAACAAUCCACGCAAAAUCCAAUCCUUGUUCUGGAACAAGUAGCCCCAGGAAAGAGAAUGUUUCGCCUUGCCCACCGAUAGCUGACAAAGCUGGAGGAGGCGAUGCACCACCCGCGAAGAAAUGUGCAUGCAGAGUACAAGAUAGCUCGAAAUCUGCGAGUGAUCGGGGUAUUACUGGGGCUGGGGUGACUGGUUCAAGAACUGGAAGAAUCUGUGACAGAGAAGACGAGCCUCCGCUUCCCCUGGGAGCCACAAAUCCUGGACUCCUUCGCCACAUACACAACGCAGCACGACACCGUAUACCACAAUGUUUCGAGGGCGCCUGUGUGUCCAUGAAACAUAGUUCUACAAGCAACUGGGUGGUUGGGCAUUCUAUGUCGUUCAGUUCCGUUACUCCAGGCGGUUACAAGAUUUUAUUGUCGUACGCUGAUAAGAAAAGGUCUAUCGGCUUGCCAUAUUUUGUGAUGGAAGCGGCUCCGGGUGGUCAGAUGAGUUGUGAGAUACGUGUCGGUCCGACCGCAGGUACAAGAGCGACGGUCGUAGCUCAAGUCGCUGAUGGGGAAAUUUAUAGCUUCGAGGGCAUCUACGACGCUUACUUUAACAAUUUCACCGCUUCAAUUAUCGCCGUCAAUCGCGAGUUCAUUGCUCUGCAUUUCUUACAAGCUAUUACCGAUCAAAUUUCUCUUGGAGCGGAGGUGGUAGCCCGGAGUCAUGCGGCUGAAUUAAGUUCUGCUUCGGGCGCGGCUCGCUGGGUAGCUGAAAAUCAUUCUGUCAGCGCAACACUUGGAAACCGUGGUCUUGACUUAUGCUAUGCGAGGAAUAUUAAACCAUUCCUGACUGUUGCUGCUAUGCUUGAAGUGGGUUUUGCUAUACGUCGAGCGGUGGCCACACUGGCCUACGAGUGGCACACUGACCAGUGGACGGUGAGAGCUUCCGUGGAUUCCGACGGACUCGUGGGCGCCACGUUACAAAGAGCACUAGGUGGGAAGAGAUCACACCUAGCUUGUGCUAUAUCAGCACUCCUCAAUCACCCGAACGAUAAAUUCAGGCUGGGAUUCGGAGUUACCGCGGCAAUCAUAUAA